AUGCCGCGCCAGGUAUCGUUUUCCGUGAAAUGCGCCGACACUCGUGUUGGCCUGCAUGUCCGAGUAGUAGGAAGCAUUGGUGCGCUCGGCUCAUGGGACACGCACAAAGGUCUCGUGCUGCACACCUCAGCGAGCGACUUCCCUGUGUGGAAGCAGACGGACAUCCUCCCCUUAGAGGAGGGAGCAGUCGUCGAGUACAAGUACGUCAUCUGCGACAACAAUGGUCGCGGUGUUCGAUGGGAGGAGCGCGUGAAUCGAGCUGUCCACAUCGCUGAUCUUGUCAAACGAGACGUCGUGCCGCCAACCGGUGGAGUCUCCAUCAUAGAGAACUUCGUCGCCUACGACCCUGACGAGUUGCGCUUCAGGUCGGCGAAAGGCGCCUUUGGCGAUCGCCGGUCCUCCUCCUCUCGCCUUCAGUCCAAGCUUUCCGGGGAAGGCAGCCAGAUUUUCCCAGAAGGAUCGACCGGAGGCCUCCAGACUACUGCCUCUUUGUCAGACCUGCUCGCACCCACCAUCCGUGAACGGAGGCCAUCGAAAGUAGCGCUUGACUGCUUGGGCGGCUAUCGGCGCGAUUCUGCCUCGAACCUGGGCGAGCUGGCGGAUGGAGGCUAUGCUGGUGCUCCCGAAUGCGUGUCUGAGCCGUGGGUGCCUUCGCCACAGGCUUCCAGUACAGGCGCAGGUGGCGACAACAUCAUGGUUCGAGAGGAAAGCUGCUCCAACCUCUUCAGCGACUUAGUAGACACAGAGGAGAAUAUUCCAGACAAGUCUGACUUUGAGAACAAGUACGCUCUGGUGGGGAACGGGCCACUGGGCGAGGGCACCUUCGGACUGGUCUGGAGGUGCACUCUAAAGUCUGGCUCGGGCCCUCACAAGGAGAUGGCAGCCAAAAUAGUACGCAAGGGACGCUUGCAGCCCAGAGACAUGAAGUAUUUGCUGGGAGACGAUGGUGAGGCGACUACCGUUGCUGCCCCUUUCGGAUCCAGCAUGACCUUGCCCGAAAGCAUCCCGUUAUCGAGAGCAUGUCACUGGCUGCAAGCUAACCAUGCCUGUGCAUCAGGCCACUCAAAGCCGAUGGCUGAGAACAUAGUUUUUGCGCCUCCACGGCUACUGGAAUUGGGGCGAGAAGAAGCAGAUCAUGAUCUACAGCCCAGCUUCAGGAGUCUGUCGGUGACUGCCCUGCCUUUGCAGGCUCAAGGCGCUGCUCCAGGAGACUCUGAUUCCGGUGGAGUUGCAGAUGUAGCAGCAGCACUUGAGAAGAGGGAGCAAGAGAUUGCGAGGCGCCUUGCUGCUCUGAAGGCUGCCAGCCAAGACGGCGAUAGCCCUUCAGGACUCCAAGAAAUUCCAGGUAUCUCCAGUGGCCAGGUUGCAGUUCAAUGGGCCCGCGAUCUCAGAGGAGCAAGGAUGCUGUCAGCUCCUGUGACCCAAAGCCAGGCCACAGCCACUUCGGACUUUCCAGCCUUCGCAGCACCCAGGCUGCGUCAGGAGAAAGUUGACUGGGAGGUGCCGCAGAGCAUUCUGGACCGACUUGCACUGGCCUAUGACGAGGAUCCACAAUCGGUGCGCCGCACUCCGCAGCAGUCCAGGUUUGCAUGGACGGGCGUGAUGGAUGCAGCCAGGGCUGCCUGGAUCGGUGGGACGCAGCUUCUCCAAUACGGGGAGCUUCUCCCUGCUGGCACCGAGAAAGCUUUGGCUCUCAUGGCACCAGGUUUACACUUCCUCCCUCAGGGUAUGCCCGGCCGAAAUCACGAGGUGGCGCUUGAGCUUGGCAUGGGGCGCGGGCGCGUUGGCCUUCAUCUCUUCCUCGCAGGGGCCACCGUUCUAGGUGUGGAGCUGGCCUGGCAGCGAUUCUCUUUGGCAGCAGAUGCCAGUGAACGUCUCAGCCAUCGGUGCCCGGAUCUGUUCAACAUGAGCUUCCUGGAUGCGAAGUUCCGGCUGCUUCGCGUGGGAGGGCCGCCGCAUGCUUUCCUGGAGGCGCGUCACGGCGAUUUCCUGAAGCUGGUAACACCUGAAGAGGUUUCAGCAGCGACGCUGAUCUUCUUGCAUGUUUGCUUGCCAGCAGCCUCUUGGCCAAGCCUGAGGCAGUUCCUGCAGCUCUGUCAGCCUGGCUGCCGAGUGCUGAGCUAUGAGGACCUUCGCAACAUAUGGAAGGGCCAGAAAGAUGAUUUCCCUUUCCAGGACAUCGCAACUCCAGCCUUGGCUUGUAGCUGGGCAGCCGAAGCAGGACACAGGUUUUACUGCUAUCAGCGUCGGGACCUGAACGAGGAAGCGAUGCCGUUGGUCUGGAAUUGGCUGAUGCAAGAGCUUGCCGAGAAAAGUGACGUGCCGAUGUGCAGGGUCAAGCUUCACCUGACUAUGAAGCACCCGCACAUCUGCGAGCUCCUGGAAUAUUUUGAUGAAUCCAGCACCGUGACUCUGAUACUCGAGUACUGCCGUGGCGGCGAUCUUUUCGAUGCCAUCGUGGCCCAGUCAAAGGCUUUCGCGUUCCAGCUCUCAGUUUCCCCAGUCCUGCACAUAUUCACAUCCCCUGGCCAGACAACUGGGCGACGGCGCGCAGCCGCCGCGGCUGAGGCACGGCUUGGCCAGAGCCCAGCCGCAAAUGGCACAAAAGGACAGCCCCAGCAGGAAUCAGUUUCGGCGGAGACGGAUCCACGUGCCGCCGAUCUCAUGCCUGCCUUCGAUCGUGCUCAUGCGGCUGCAGUUGCACGGCAUAAGAACACAGGGGAAGACGCACACCAUGCACCGGCGCUGCGCAAGGCCAAGCGUGCCGUGCAGGAGAGCUUGGAGCGGGGAGACAAUUUGACUCUGUCAUCCCUGCACAUGCUGAAGGGAGUUGGGCAUUGGGUAGUCGGCCAGUUGCGCGGGCAUCUGACUGCCGGACCCGAAAGAGAUGCACCACCGGCCAAGAAGCGCAAGGCAGAGGCAGCCCCGACUCCAAAUUCGUUCACGUGGUGGUACAUCAGCCGAGCCGGUGAGCGUGUGGAAACAAGGAACGAUGCUGAGAUGACGGGACCACCAGGGGGAGAAGUCUUCCGUGUCUCGAUACUACACGCAAGCGGUCGCAUGGAGAAGGCCUGGCUGCCCGAUGCCAAGGCACCUGCGAAAAGUCCGCACGGAUGA